GAGACAUCAAAGUUUUUGGCCUUGUCAGUGUUCACUCAUAGAUUUGUCAGUCCCAAUUGUCCAUAAAUCAGACCACCGUUGAUGGGUCCCACCAUACCCUCUCUCACCACCCCACAUAGAACCACCCUCCUCCUCUUCCACUAUUUCACACUCUCCUCCUCCUGUAUCUCUUCUUCCUCACCGUCUCUCCAAGGUGCUCACUCCAACCUCCCUCCUCUUUUUUUGUUUCCCUGCUAACCCUACACCUAGCUCAAAUCACCACCUUUUUCUCAUGGAGAAGAUAGAGAGAGAGACUCAUGACUUCAUGAACGUCCACUCCUUCUCUCAAUUGCCCUUCAUUCGUCCAGCACCGGCCAAAGAAAAGGGCAUUAGGCUUUUCGGCAUAGAAUUUGGUGGCGAUGGAGCACACAACGACACAUCUGAGUCAGCCGAGACUAACAUGUCCGAGGAAGCCAAGGACACAGAUAAAGUAGAGAGUAACCGGAAAUUCGAGUGUCAUUAUUGCUGCAGAAACUUCCCCACCUCUCAAGCCCUCGGAGGCCACCAAAACGCGCACAAGAGGGAGCGUCAGCACGCAAAACGCGCACACCUUCAUGCUGCCAUGGCACACGGUGGUGGUGGUGGUCUCACCCCGGAGGCUCACAUUUAUGGGCUCAUGAAUUAUCAUCGCAUUGGCUCGGCUCCAAUGCCACCUAUGACCUACCACUCACUCAACAGUAUCAACACCACCAACCCUUGUGUUACUAACACUAGGUUUUAUGGAAGCCAACCCUCAUCCUCUCAACCAUUGACCAUUAACGGGAGUCCCAUGGCGAUGUGGCGAAUCCCAGCCGUCCAAAACUUGCCUACUUUCAAUCAUGACCGUUCAGUGCAUCCGCUGCAACAUGAAUUGAAGCUGCCAUCGAUGACGAUAGGGAGCUCGAGUAGUUCACAGAGGCGGUAUGUGUACGAAUCAAAGCCGAGCAUGCCAGAUCAUGUGAGUUUGGAUCUUCAUCUAUAACAAUUUGAUUAUUUUUUAGGAAGGGAGGGAGUUAUAUUCAAUCUCUCAUGGAGGCCAUCUAUUUCGAUAAUUUGUCACAAUCAUUUAGUUUGAAUUACCAUCUAAAUUAGUAAAUGAUUUCAGUACAAAACAAUUCUACAAUGUGCUUGAAUGCGAAAUAACAGUACUGUAAAUUAA